AUGUCUCACCGUUACUCUAGAGUUGAGAAGGAAAAAUGGCCUCUUGGAGCCAACAAAUACGUCCGACGUCCCCCAGUGAACAUACCUGAGAGCGACAACUCCAACCUCCUUGAAGAAAAUGCUCUGUCACUGGUUGGCCGAGUCACUAACCCGUUUGUACAACAACCCCGUGCAGUCAUAGAGUUCCUCCCCCAACUCUGGACCUUAGAAGGGAAAGUCACUGGACGCACUGAGCAAACCAUCACUACAAUAGGCGAGGAGCUAGGACACGUCUCUGAAAAGGAUAUCGAGGAAGCCAGAAUCCGAGUCGAUAUCAACGGACUAAAACCUCUAGAAAUGCUCAUGGAUAUCCGUCUCCCUACUGGUGAAAUCACCACUCGAAAAACCCUCAUAAGACUAGAGGCUGAUAAACGUAGGGCGGAUAAUCGCAGAAGUUUAACGUUUCCACCUUCCAACCAAACCUCAGAGGGAUUUAAAGGAAGGUGCCCAGAAUCAAUCUCGAGAAGAACCCCUGCUCCCUUAUCCAGAGAGCAAGAUGACAACCACUAUUCUCGACGACCUCAGACCUCUCAAGCUUCCCUCAAUGGUUCCAUCAGGUCUAGAUCAAACCAAGCUCGCGAGUAUCGUCAUCAAUAUGAACCUAACCGAGCAGCCACUCCCUCCAGAAAUUACUCUAGAGCACAGUCGACUAGAAGGGAACCACCUCAAAAAGAAUGGGUCAUGAAAACAAACUCACACCAAAUUCAAGGAUCGUCUUUCAGAGAACCAUCUCCUCUUACUCUGUCUCACCGUGUGGAAGGAAGAACCCAGGCUAGUCCUGGUAGAACCAAUAGAGUCUCUCCAUUAGACUCACAUAGAUUAUCAGGGUUAAGAGAACCUUCACAACCUUCACAACAUUACUCUGCUACGCCUUCUCCAAGGAAUACUAGAGAACCAUUGCAGUUACCUGCUACACAAGUUUCUGAAUCUGCAAACAGCUCAUCACGGGAAAGAAGACCUGUCCUAGAACGUCUGUCCCUCCCUGCUCCAUCUGUUAAGUCACGUUUGGGGACUGGCAAUUCCAUAGAUUCAACUUUACUACAGGAUGUAGAAAUCAGAUACCAGAAUGAGGAAACUCAUGAGACUGCUAUCGAAAACAUGUCGGGGAAUCGUAUCCCCACUCCUAUUGAUAUCUCAUCUGGGAAUCCAGCAUCUCAACCGCAAGGGACAUCCCCUGUUCAAGAAGGGAGAGUUCAGACGUCCCUGCGUCUAGGACCAUCUCCGCCUGCAGCUACCAACGUCACGGGGAAAAAACCGGGAAGAAAACCUGUAGUUCCAAAGGCUGCACCUAAAAGGAAGGUUCCCCGGGUACCAAUCAAAACCAGAGGAGUGAGGAGCCCAGGUCAAGCAGCUAAGACCAGGAAACUGAAGACCACCACUACUACUAAUCCUCCAAAAAAGCGACGAUGCCUUAAAAAGGGUCAAGCCAGUCCAAGUAUUUCAGACAAAACCGGACCAAGCUCUCGUCCAACAGGAGCCUACCCUGCAGUACAACUGUUUCGAUCUACCGACACUGAGGUGGUGGAUUUUCAAUCCCCACCAAAUCCUCUUCCUUAG